AAUACACAAAUUUUUUUUUUCUCUCCUCAUAACUCAUUCCAAAGUGUAACUGACACGUCAACGUAGUUUUUUUCUGUUUGGUUUCCGAGAAAAUCCACUCAACUUCCUCCUGCACCACCUCAAAAAUGGAGAAAACAUGGCCAGCUCGAUCGAAUGCUUCUCACUUCACUGCACUCCCACUCAUAAACAAAGUCAAAGACAAAGACAACAACGACAUCGACCAAUUCGAUCUCUUCUCCAAAAAACUCUGCUUCAAAUUCCCCCCCAAAUUCACCAAUUCCUCGUUCCGUACCACCCGAUUCUUCUCCAAAUCAUCGCCCCCCUCCACCUCGCGCCCGUCGAGCCCCCGCGACUUCUCGAUGCUUCCGGACGACGUGCUCACCAAAAUCGCCGCGGCUUUCAGCCACCCGAACCUUCAAACGGCGUCGCUCGUCUGCAAGUCGUGGAGGGACGGUCUUAGGCCGCUGAGGGAGGCGAUGGUGUUUUUGCGGUGGGGGAAGCGGUUCAAGCACGGCCGCGGCGGCGUGAAGCCGAACCUCCAGAAGGCUCUGGACUCGUUCUUGAAAGGGGCGGCGCGUGGCUCGACGCUUGCUAUGGUUGAUGCUGGUCUUGUUUACUGGGAAAUGGGGAAGAAGAAGGAGGGGAUUGCUUUGUAUCAACGCGCGGCGGUGCUCGGUGAUCCCGCCGGUCAGUGCAAUUUGGGGAUUUCGUACCUGAAAGUCAUGUUUGCAGCUGAACCACCAAAGGCAGAGGAGGCUGUUAAAUGGUUACGCCAAGCUUCUGUCGCUGGUCAUGUUCGUGCACAGUACCAACUAGCUCUAUGUUUGCAUCAAGCUCAAGGGGUGGAGCGAAAUCUGCCAGAAGCAGCAAGAUGGUAUCUGAGAGCAGCAGAAGGUGGCUACGUGCGUGCUAUGUAUAAUACUUCAUUGUGCUUCUUGGUUGGUGAAGGUUUCACGCAGAGCCAUCGGCUAGCAAGGAAAUGGAUGAAGCGGGCAGCUGAUUGUGGUCAUAGUAAAGCUCAGUUUGAGCAUGGACUUGGUCUAUUUUCUGAGGGGGAGAUGAUGAAAGCAGUAGUUUACCUGGAGCUUGCCACACGGGCAGGUGAAACAGCUGCAGCUCAUGUCAAGAAUGUUAUACUCCAACAACUAUCGGUUACUUCACGUGAUCGAGCGAUGAUUCUUGCUGACAAUUGGCGUGCUCUGCCUUUGUCUCGCUGAGUCAUCAUACAAUUCAGUCUUUAUACCUGUAAUGAAGGUUUCGUAUCUCUCCUUUCAUUUCCGUUGACUUCCUUGACUCUGUGUAAUAAUAGUUUCUACAGAAUUCUGUACAAUAUCUUUCACAAUGAUUGGGAUAACUAGGCAAUUUCCCUGGCAGUUAUAA